AAGCAGCCAUGGACAUCCUCAAGACGGAGAUCGAGCGGAAGCGAAAGCUGCUGGAGGAGAAGGAGCUGCUGGGGGGCAAUAAAAAGUAUUUUAAGCGCAGUGAAUUAGCUAAGAAGGAAGAAGAAGCAUAUUUCGAAAGAUGUGGCUACAAGCCUGUAAACGAGAAGCCAUCAGGAGAGAUACAACAGGAGGAGGAAGAGGAAGAAAAGAAGGCAAUCACUUCAUCAAAUCCUGUGUUGGAACUUGAGCUGGCAGAGGAGAAGUUGCCUAUGACUCUUUCCAGACAAGAGGUUAUUCGGAGAUUGAGAGAAAGGGGGGAGCCAGUCAGACUGUUUGGAGAAACAGAUUACGAUGCCUUUCAGCGAUUACGAAAGAUAGAAAUUCUGGCACCAGAAGUGAACAAGGGACUGAGGAAUGAUCUGAAGGCGGCUUUGGAUAAGAUUGAUCAGCAGUAUCUGAAUGAAAUUGUAGGUGGCCAAGAACAGGGAGAAGAUGACACACAGAAUGAUCUCAAAGUCCAUGAAGAGAACACAACCAUUGAAGAGCUGGAGGCGUUGGGAGAAUCAUUAGGACAAGGUGAUGAUCAUAAGGACAUGGAUAUCAUAACCAAAUUCUUAAAGUUUCUUCUUGGAGUCUGGGCUAAGGAACUGAAUGCCAGAGAAGAUUAUGUGAAACGUGGUGUACAGGGAAAGUUAAACAGUGCCACCCAAAAGCAGACAGAAUCAUAUCUGAGACCACUAUUCAGGAAGCUUCGGAAAAGGACUCUUCCUGCAGAUAUUAAAGAAUCAAUAACGGAUAUUAUCAAGUUUAUGCUGCAAAGGGAAUAUGUGAAGGCCAAUGACGCCUACCUUCAGAUGGCUAUUGGAAAUGCUCCUUGGCCAAUUGGUGUCACUAUGGUUGGUAUCCAUGCCCGAACUGGACGAGAGAAGAUUUUCUCAAAACAUGUGGCUCACGUUCUAAACGAUGAAACUCAGCGGAAAUACAUCCAGGGUUUGAAGAGGCUCAUGACCAUAUGUCAGAAACACUUCCCUACAGACCCAUCCAAAUGCGUGGAGUAUAACGCUUUGUGACACGAUGGCCAACAGUUUUGGAUAUAUGGACAGUGAGAGAAGAGCACCAUCUCUAUAAGAACUCUUGAUCUGUGCAUCAAAGUGGGCUAAAAUGGAUGAAGAAAAGCCAGGUGCUUUACCUAGGUUCAGUUGGACAGGUCACAGUCAUUUGUACUUGGAUAAAGUUGUAUAUUUUAAAAAAAAUCCUAUUUUAUUUUUAGGGGAAUAUAUAUUUCCAGAAAUGUAUAUAGUUCUUGCACUUGGGUUGCAUAUUAAGACACAAUGUGAAUUACUAGCCUAUUCAUCCCUGUGGUUUAUUCAUGCCUUUCUUUGUGGAUGUAGGGAUGGAAACUCAAAAGCAUAUUAUUAUGUCUGAAACAGGGAUUUUGGUUUAUUGCAUCCAAACAAGUCUGAAUUAGAAACCAGUUGUAAAUCCUUGUUUAUGGAAUCCCUUCCUAUCUUAUUCACCAGCGCAUAUAAAGAGAGGAGGAAAAUG